UAUUUGAUUUUAAUAUUUUCCCUAUUCCUAUUAUUCUUUUUAGUGUCGGAAGCUUUUGUCACUCUAGCAACAACAGAUGAAUACAUAUGCGGUGCUCUAGUCUGGGCACAUUCACUUCGAGAGGUGAAAACCGAGAAGAAGAUUGUGUGUAUGGUAACCAAGGAAGUCUCUGCUCAUAUGCUUGAGCUCUGCCGUUCCAUAUUCGACCAUGUGGAAAUUGUUGAUGUACUCGAUAGCAAAGACAGAGCCAACUUGGCUCUGUUGGAACGGCCGGACCUGGGAGUGACUUUUACGAAACUUCACUGUUGGAGACUCACACAAUACCGGAAAGCCGUAUUUAUGGAUGCAGAUACUCUGGUUCUUCAAAACAUUGACGACUUGUUCGAACGAGAUGAACUCAGCGCCGCUCCGGAUCCUGGUUGGCCAGAUUGCUUUAAUUCUGGCGUGUUUGUAUUCGUGCCUAAUCAGGAAACCUACGAAAGACUUCUUCAAUUCGCAAUGGAAAUCGGUAGUUUUGAUGGUGGUGAUCAGGGUUUACUGAACUUGUUCUUCCACGAUUGGGCCACGAAAGAUAUCCGGCGUCAUUUGCCCUUCUUGUAUAACGUAAUCAGCCAGGCGCUUUACUCCUACCUGCCGGCGUUCACCCGAUUCCGAAAUAGGAUUCGUGUGGUACACUUUAUUGGAGCUGAAAAGCCUUGGCAAAUGGAUGUGGACCAGUAUGGAAAUAUAAAAGCACACGAGGAUCUAACGUUGGGCACUCGUGAAUUUCUGCAGUAUUGGUGGCAUUUGUUCUGCACCCGAGUCCAACCCAAACUCGUUCGAACUGCGGGUGGAUUGGUGGGCAAAUUGGCUUCACUGGAAAUCACUGUUCCCUGUCCUCCUACUUUAAAUAUGCCGGAUGAAGGGGAUCGUCAGAUGGCAUGGGAACGUGGUCAGAUGGAUUAUAUGGGGUCUGAUUCAUUCGAGCGUAUCCAGUGUUUGUUGGAGUCCAAAAUUGGAGGACCUCCCAAAUCGUAG